UACCAGAGGCAGCAUAUGUACUGGCAGGGGAAGUACAGGCUGCUGCAUGAGUCCACGGGGGUACUGGACCUGGUGAGCUGGCACUGGAGAGCCUGCGGUCUGGCUGUGCCACACCUCCACUGCUUCCCAGCCCUUUCUGGCUAUCUAUACCAGGAUCUGGGGAGGCUGGACAGACAGCUUGCGUUUGAAAACAAGGCCCUGGACUCCAGCUGGUUUGGUGGGAAGAGGAGUGCCCUGCAGAGGCUCUACGACCUUGACCAGGGCCCGCUCUCCGCCCUGGCCGAGGUGCACCGGCAGCGGCGCGACCUGCUGCGCCGCGCCUGCAGCCGCCACACGCGCCGGCAGCGCCUGCUGCGGCCGGAGGACCUGCGGCACGUGCUGGUGGACGACGCGCACGGCCUGCUCUACUGCUACGUGCCCAAGGUGGCCUGCACCAACUGGAAGCGCGUGCUGCUGGCGCUGGGCGGCCGCGCCCGCGGAGACCCGCGCGCCAUCCCCGCGCACGAGGCGCACGCGCCGGGCCGCCUGCGCUCGCUGGCCGACUUCAGCCCGGCCGAGAUCAACCGGCGCCUGCGCGCCUACCUGGCCUUCCUCUUCGUGCGCGAGCCCUUCGAGCGCCUGGCCUCGGCCUACCGCAGCAAGCUGGCGCGGCCCUACAGCGCGGCCUUCCAGCGGCGCUACGGCGCGCGCAUCGUGCGGCGCCUGCGGCCGCGCCCGGCCCCCGACGCGCUGGCCCGCGGCCACGACGUGCGCUUCGCCGAGUUCCUGGCCUACCUGCUGGACCCGCGCACGCGCCGCGACGAGCCCUUCAACGAGCACUGGGAGCGCGCGCACGCGCUCUGCCACCCGUGCCGCCUGCGCUACGACGUGGUGGGCAAGUUCGAGACGCUGGCCGAGGACGCGGCCUUCGUGCUGGGCCUGGCGGGCGCGCCCGGCCUGCGCUUCCCCGCGCCGCCGCCCCGGGCCCCGGCGGCCGCCGCGCGCGACCAGGCGGCGCGCCUCUUCCGGGACAUCAGCCCCUUCUACCAGCGGCGGCUCUUCGGCCUCUACCGCAUGGACUUCCUGCUCUUCAACUACUCCGCGCCCGCCUACCUGCGGCUGCGCUAGCCCGCAGCGCGCGCUCCCCGCCGAGGCCCCGCGGUCUGCGCUCGGGCCGCGGCUGUGCGUUUCUAACGAGCCCCGAGAUGCUGGUGCUGCCGCUCCGGCGCUGCGCUCCGAGACCUGCGCCCGCGCCCUCGUGGGCCUGGGCCGCCCUCACGCCGGCCGGGCUUGCGGGCCCCCCAGGUCAGGUGGGCGGCUGAGCACCUGUGCGCCCCCCACCGCCGACCCUGCCUGGUGCUAGGUGCUUCCUUCCUCUGCCUGCUCCGGCGGGCAGCGCCUCCCCUGGCUGGGUGAGGACUGGCUAACAGUUUUUUAGGUUGUGAGAGGCCAUUCUUUUUGGUCAGCUCUGCCGCCCAACCUGUCUGCGGCAUAAAAGAGUGGAAUGCUGGCUUGGUGCAGACUGUGGCCCAUCCCAGUGCCCUCCUCACCUCACCCACCCUGGAAAGGACAGCCCUGGCCAGGGAGAGAAGCCCUCCCUGACUGCAUUCGGGCGGGGCCGUCCUUGCUGAGGGGCACAGGUCAGGCGCCAGCCGUGAGCCGCCUUCCACUCUGCCUGUGGCUGCCCCGCCGCGGCCCCAGGUGUCAGUCUGGCCAGAUGCUUGGUCGUCUGUGUGCCCACAGAGCCCAGGGUGCAGUGCUGUGGCAGGUUUCAUAGGACCUUGGAGAGCUAGGGAGCUCCUGUUUUUGAAAUAAAUGUGUUUGUUGCUUUCUGACA